AUAACAAAAAUCGAAAACCUUUCCGACUUGCCGAAUCUGAUUGUAUUGGAUCUUUCCUACAACAGAAUAUCCAAAAUCGAAGGAUUGGACUCAUUACAAAAUCUCAAAGAACUUUAUUUAACUAGAAAUAAACUCACGAAAAUCGAAGGACUAGAGAAUCUGAAAUCACUUGAGUUUUUGGAACUCGCAGAUAAUCGCUUACGAAAGAUAGAGAAUCUGGAGUCGCUAGUAAACCUGAAGAAGCUCUUCCUUGGUGCGAAUCAGAUCACAAAAAUAGAAGGUCUAUCAGCGCUACGUGAACUGACUGUGUUGAGCUUCAUCGGUAACGCUAUCCGAAUUAUCGAAGGACUCGAUCGUUUGACAAAUCUCACGGAUCUUGCCCUCUCACAAAACGGGAUUACCCGCAUUGCAGGCCUUGUCAACAAUGUGGCUCUUAUCGCGCUGGACCUCAACGAUAAUCAAAUUGAAAAGAUUGAAAACCUCCAACAUCUCACCAAUCUGAAGAGUUUAUGGAUACGUAGAAAUCGGAUCUCAAAUUGGUCAGAAGUCGCCUACUUGAAUCGUCUCCCAGCCUUGAGAGACGUUACCUUGGAAAUGAAUCCUAUAUAUAGCACUCAACAUUUCUACCGUAAUCGAGUUCGAGAAAUCCUACCACGUGUGAAAAUCAUAGACGCUGUGCCAGUGAACUGGGUAAGCGGAGAUCCGUGGCAAGAGCUGGCACCCGAUGACUAG